CUCUUCACAGUACCUUGGUCCAUCAUAAGGUGGGCGCCUGGCGUAUCCAAAACAAACCAAAAUACGGAGAGAUAUGGCUCUCCUUAUCUUCUCUGCUUCUCUCUUCUCUGUUUCUUCUCCUGUGUCAUCUCGAUCAACUGCCAUAGCAACCACGCCGAUCUCCAGGUUGCAGAAUAAAUGCAUUUCUUUGAAACCAAAAUCAUUCAAUGGAAUUCAGAUCUGUACAAGUACACCUACUGGAGUCCCAGCAAGAAGGAUGUUGACUGUUCGAGCUUCUAUAGACACGGAUGGAUUGAGUCCCGAGGAUGAUGGACCACCAGGAGAAGACAAAGAAGAAACAGUGUCGGUUGAGAAUCUUCCUUUGGAGUCCAAGCUGCAGUUGAAGCUUGAGCAGAAACUGAGGAUGAAAUUGGCAAAGAAGAUAAGACUAAGGAGGAAAAGGCUUGUCCGGAAGCGGCAAAUGAGGAAGAAGGGCCGAUGGCCCCCUUCAAAGAUGAAGAAGAACAAGAAUGUAUGACAGAUCCAUGAGUCAAUGCAACAGGUUUAGUGUUGAAUCUUUUUUUCUUUCUUUUCUGAACGUUCUAUUUUAGCUUUAUUUUUGUGAUUCUGUGUUCAUCCUUAAAAUACAUCAAUGAGAAUCAUAUUUGCUUGAUUCUUUUCUUAUAGUGAUCUGUAGUUCUAUAUCUAUACCUUUAGUGGUCAUCUAGUUUAGUUGAGUGACUUCAGGGUGUUUUGGAUGAUUUUCUUACUCCCUAUCUCCUUGUGUUGGUAAUUACAUUUUGAGCACAAUUAGAUAUAUUAUAUGCCUUCUU